AUGAGCCGCGAAUCUCCGGUAAGUGAAUCUCUUGAAAUUCACCAUUUUUAGAUCUCCCCCAUACAAAGACGGCGUUUACGAUUUUGGUUGUUUAUUCUUUUAGCCAACGAAGCUGAAUGAAAGCCUGGAAAGCGGAGAAUUGAGUCAGGAUACCAAGAGCGACGAGAAAGAAGUCCGAUCUGAUAGAAAUCGCGAUCGAAGGCAAGAAAGAGGGGAAAGAGGUUCGGAACGGGACAGAAAAGACCGCAGAAGUCGUGAUAGAGAUAGAAAUCGUUCCAGAAGUCGAAGUGUAAGUUGGAAUUUUUUUCUACAUUGCAAUUGGGGUUUAGGUAGAUCGUAAGAGAGAAAACGGUUCUCCAAGGCGAGAUCGACGUCGAGAACGGAAUGGAGAUGGUGCUGAUAGGCGGGACAGACGUCGGUCAAGGUCCAGAGAACGCCGACGACGUAGAUCGAGAUCCAGCUCGCGAGAAAGACCAAGAAGAAGGUCCAGAGAUAGAGAUGGUGAAGGAAGACGAAGGUAAUUGAUAUUUUAUUGUGUUUUCUUUCGAAUUUAGGCUACUAUUGAGGUGAAAGAAGCUUUUCUUAUUGUUUUUUAAACGUGUUUCUUUGUUUGGGAGCUAAAUGUUGCCUUAUUUUAGACGUCCUCGAUCUCCAGUCCGACCCAAGCCUCCUCCAACUGUUUUUAAGAAGAAUCAUGAAGCCUCAACCUCUGAAGAGAGUUCUAAACUCGAGGAGAAAGAGAUCAAAUGGUCUACCAGAAUUGCUGCGGUUUCUUCCGACGAUUCUCAGCGAUCGAAAUUCGAGAAACUUCUGGGAAUGCACAAAAAACCGGGAGAAAGUGGUUUGAAGUUGAAUAAAGUGGAUGAUAGUGAAGUAAAGGACCUCAAAAAUGACCUUCAAAAGAUGAAAUCGGAUUUGGAUCAGCAGUUUGAGCAUGGCCGACAGUUUACACAUUAUAAUCGGGGUCGGGGCUUCGGCAUCUGA